AAGUUAGUUUUUACAACUCUUGGAGCUAACUCUAGUCGUUUGAAAUAUUUUUCUUCCGCCAUAUCCCAGUUGGAUUUGGCUUAUAAAAGAGAUUUUAUUAGUCGAGCUAAAGAAAAAGUGAAGCGGUUUAAAGAACACUAUUCGAAGAACUUAAUAACGCAUGAAAAAAUACCAACCAGCUUGUUCUAUGACAUAAUUCCUAGUCUCUAUACACUGAAAAAAUUGCAAGAUGCCAAUCAAAUGAUGAAACUGUUUUCUCUAAAGAGCAGUAGUGUGCUGCCUAAUAAAACUGUUCAGUAUAACCAUUUAUUGUCAAGCCUUUUUAGUAACGGCAAUGCUAAACAAGCGUUCAAGUUGUUUUACCAAAUGCUUUCUGAUAAAUUAGCUAACAACGCUACGUGGGCCAUUGUCGUCAAAGAAUCCUUUACUUAUCGAGAGUUUGAGGGGUGUCUGGCAUUAUUUAAGCAAUACAAAGCCAUUGCGACCUCUACAAAGGAACCCAUCGUAUAUAACUCUUUCCUUCAAGGAUGUUUUAAAAAGGAUAAGUUAGACCAUGCUGCGCACUGUUAUGACGAAAUGAAACAAAGCGUUAAACUAAAUACUAUAACGUACUCGAUUAUGAUUAAUGGUUAUUUGCAGAAAGGGGAACUAGCCAAAGCGGAGUGCAUCACUGCCGAGCUAGUCGUCAACCUUGCGGCUACCCCUCCCAUUGUUGAUAAUUUGUUUCUGCAGUAUUAUUUAGGAGUUGGUGAUCUUGAAAAGGCAAUGGAUUACUUUAAAAAGUUGAAAGACUUGGGAUCUUGCGAUGAGUUUACGUACAGUGCGCUAAUUAAAUUUAUGGUACAACGCGAUAACAUCAAUGAAGCUCGAGCUUACUUAGAGGAAAUGAAAGCAUCAGGUUUAGCUAUUACGACUCUCUCGUACACGUCGCUUCUUACGUAUUACUUGGAAAAAAAUGACUUUGAUUCUGCUUUAUCCUUGCUAAAAGAAAUGAAAGCGCAGAAGGUCAAGUUUGACAGCACCAUCAGAAAAAUUUUUAUAAAAAAAAUUGUCCAUCAGCCCGACAUCUCGCGCUCUGAGUUUUUAAUAAAAGGAAUUGAGCUUGCUGGCUACCGCUUGAAUGCAAUCUUCUACGAUGCUCUGGUGCACUACGCCGCGGCGACGGGGUUCUCUUCUUUAGCGACAAAUUAUUAUGAUAAACUUUUGGCCACCGGAAGAUACACUAAUUUAUAUUUUCUGCUUCUUUUUUUAAAAAUGGAAUCUAAAAAUGGCAAUCGAUGGGCAUUAGACUUGCUUAUUAAAAAAAUUCGCCGCCAAGGAUAUUACUUCGGACCGGAAUUCAUCUUGAAAUUUUUUAAUUAUUUUUUAGCUGGAAACGAUCUUUCGGCCGCUUUUGCUUUUAUUGAAGCUUUACUCCGCAACGACAUAACAAUUCCUGCAGAAGUUACUGAUUAUCUUUUCACUCGGUGCAUCCCCCUCGCUUUCGGCCUUCCUGCAGACCAUAAAACUGUACAACCACGUUUAAAGAAGCGCAAUUCUUCAUAAACCAUCAGGCGACACGUUUUUUUUGCUCGGCAUUAAUAGCAGUAACUAGCUUUAAUCCGACUU